UCUCCGGCGCGGAUGCCCGGAGCCGGGGGCAGGUCCAGCCCGCGGGGCGCGGCCGGGGAGCCGCCCUCAUCCCGCCCCCGGCCCCGCCGCCUCCCUCAUCCGUCCUCCCAUCGCUGCCAUCCCUCCGUGCCUCGGUGCCGGCGCGGCGCAGGGCGGCGAUGUGGCGGUGGCGGUAUGUGAGCGGCCGGCAGCUGCACGGCUUCCGACACUACAAGUACAGUGCUGUGGAUACAAAUCCUUUAUCUGUGUAUAUUAUGCAGCCCAUCUGGAAUAAAAUUAUUAAGAUUGUGCCUUUGUGGAUUGCUCCCAACCUGUUAACAUUCUCUGGAUUUGUCAUGAUUUUAUUUAAUUAUUUUCUAAUAUCUUUUUAUGACUGGGAUUACACUGCCUCAGGUACCAGUCCUGGACUUGUUCCCACCUGGGUGUGGCUGUUCAGUGCUUUUACCACCUUUUGUGCUUAUGCUUUAGACUCCAUAGAUGGGAAACAUGCUCGAAGGACUCAGUCCAGUACUCCUCUGGGAGAGCUAUUUGACCAUGGGCUGGAUAGCUGGGCUACCUCCAUUUUUGUGCUUUCUUUUUUUUCUGUCUGUUCCCGUGACAAUGGGAAGACUGGAGUUUCUGUAUAUACAAUGUAUAUAUAUUUAAGCAUUGUCUUGUUUAACUUCAUGUGUUCACACUGGGAGAAAUAUAACACAGGAGUUCUUUUUCUUCCUUGGGGAUAUGAUACAAGCCAAGUGGUGUUAAUAGCAGCAUAUCUGCUCACCGGUACUGUUGGUGUGGAGGUCUGGCAGAAGCCUUUGCUGUUUGGUUAUUAUAUUACAGAUGUAUUAGUUAUCCUGCUUAUAGGCUUCAGUUUGUUUCUAUCAUUUCCACAAACAUUAUACAACAUUCACAGAGCACAUUUAAAGAAAACACUGAAGAAUGAUUCUCUCUAUGAAGGACUGCUACCUCUCGUGUCACCUCUAUUGCUGUUCAUUCUUCUUACAGUCUGGGUGGUUUUAUCUCCAAGCAACAUAUUAGCAAAGCAACCCAGACUCUUUUUAUGGAUGGUUGGAGUUGCUUUCUCCAAUGUUAUUUGCAAGGUGAUCGUCUGCCAGAUGAGCAGCACCCAGCCGGAGCUGUUCCACUGGUUCCUGUUCCCGCUGGCACUGGUGGUGUACGCGGCCAUCUCCGGGCUGCUGGGCUGCAUGGAAGAAGCGGUUCUCGGCGUGUUCACCGCCCUGGUCACGGCUGCCCAUGUGCACUAUGGGGUUUGCGUGGGUAGGCAGCUGAGUGAGCACUUGAACAUUUACAUCUUUUCCCUGAAGAAACGCAUCCAAGAGUGAACACCUGCACCGAGAUCAGACUGUAACACUUGACAUGGAGAUUUGCAGCUCUUCUGAUGUGAUAAAUAGUUGGAAUGAGUCUGAUUAAAAUAACCAAAGAAUAGAAUAGUACAGAUAUCUGAACCACUGCGACAAUGAGCUAUGCAGCCAGAUGCUUCAUCUCAGAGGAAGAUGCCUGUCCAGCAGAGAACUUUACCAAGCUUAUUGUUGAUGCUUAUUCUUUUUACCGAGCUGUGUUACUUACCUCUCUUUUGUCUUCCUCCUCCUCAUCACUGUGUCCAAAGUCCUGGAUAAAUCCAUGCUGGGUUACACAAGAUCUUUGGUGAUUCAUAACCAGCACUGGUUUUGCCCAGCCUAGUCACCAGUAGGACCCCAGCAAUGCAAACCCUCCCUGUACAUCCUUCCCACCCAGACAUUUGUGCCUGCUUCAUUUGCCAUAUUUAUUUUCUCACAACUCAUUUCUUCCACACAACCUCCUGAAAGGCUUGUGCAGCUUAUUCAGUCUUUUCCUCACCUCAUAUGAAUGUGUGAAGACAAGUGAAUGAGCUCAGAAAGUUAUGGGUACAGUAAAGUGUUUUUGGAAUGUACUGUUUUUUUCCCAUUCUCAGCAUUGAGUCUUAGCUGACCUGUCAGAAAUGCAGGCUUAAUACAGCAGCAGCUGGCCCUUCUAUUUAUUUUCUAGGCAGUAACAAGCACAUUGUUUAUAUUUCAGUAGCAACAAACAAUAUAGCCUACAAGGUAAACAGCUGAAAAUAAAUUUGGCCAGCAGACCUUCAAAGACUCACAUAUUUCUCUUCAAAACUAGUUUCAGUCCAACAUCAUUUACCAGUGCGAAAUGCUAAACAACUCAUUAUUUACCUGUGUGCUUGGAGCGAAUUCUUGUGGUUUUAGAAACAGAAACAAGAUUUUUUUUUUUUUUUUUUUUUAACAUUACAUGUUUGCAUGCAGAUGUAAACUUCUCCCUUCAUCUAUAAUACAUGUGGGUUUUCUGUGUGCCUUGGAGGAGGGAGUAAGAAUUUCAGUUUCAUCUCUUUUCAUAUGUUGCCCUAGCCUGAGGGCCUUUGUGGCCUUGAAGCACUAAUUAAACAAUCUGUCCACUUCCCCAAGGUAAGCACAGAGGGAUGUGAUUGACAGCCUGGCACAUUUAUUAACUAUUUAACCAUCUCAUUUGCCAGAAGCCAUGUGGAAGUGCAGUUUUUGAGCUGCUGAGCUGAGUCUGAAGUUCAUCUUUUCCAGUGCUUAGACUGUUUCUGUGGGUUUAUUACUAGCCUGAUCAUUUUUCCCCCCCAGGUUAAUUUACCCUCACGUCAGUAGCUCCUAUUAAUAUUUUCAGCUGAGCACUGGCAAGUUGUAUGAGCAGCUUCAGCUUAAGGUGGUACUGCCUGUUACAGCAAUUGCCCUACCACAACACCAGCAGGGCUGAUUUCCCCAGGCAGCCUUUACCACAGGCACCAGGGGACCAGCCAGAACAUCAGCUUCCCCUCGUCACAAAGCAGAAAUACCAGGAAGUUCCUUCAGGUUUGACAGAAGCCAUGUUCCGCUUACCAAACAAGCACAUUGAGGGUCCCACCCCCCAAAUGAACAUCAGAUGAGUCACAGUUCAAGCAGCUCCAGGUGUGAUUUAGGCAGAGGGGACAAGUCAUGCUGUGUGGUUUGCCAAGAGCUGGGCAGGGAAGGGAGGAUGCCCUUUGGAACCUCUGUGGUCCAGCUACAAGAGGUGUCUCCCAGCCUUUCUCCCCGAUGGUGUGGCAGCAAUGUCCUUACCCCGUGUGAUGCCCAGGGAGCAUGGGGUCUCCACAGAAGACAGUCUCCCUAACUGCCCAAGAACUCGCCUGGAGUAAGUCUGAAGGCUCUUUAUUCGAUGAGGUUUGCCAAAAAAGGCAGUUCUGACUGCAUUUCAAAGGGAGUGAGGAGUCUGACAUUGCUGCACACACCCAGCAGUCUCAGCGUUGGAUGAAGUUAAAUAUUACAUCCAAUACCUGAUACACUGCCACAAAAGUCUCACCUGCUUUAUAAAGGUAGUUUGUAUUUCACCUUUCCAUCAUAAGUAUUGAGGAAAUUCUGGUGAGAAAAGAAUUAGGAUACAAUAAACAAAAAUAACUCCAAAUUGAAUGUGGUCGUACUGGAGAAACUCUGUAGACAGGCUUCCUUUUUCCAUCUGUCUUGCACUUAUUUAGGAAACAGCUGGAAAUAAGGGUGACAGAAGCAGUGCAAUUUGAUGCACUGGAAUGGAGCAUUUUGAAAUAUUCAUUAAAUGAAAUUUUAAAACUUGAACUACCACAACCUGCCUGCACUUGUACCUUUCUAAAGGGAAACCAAGUAUCACUUUUAAAGGACAUUAAUCUCUGGCCAGUUUUUUCACCUUCUAUAGGAACACAUUGCAAAUAACUUUCUUUUUCCUCUUUAAAUCAAUUUGUCACUACAAUCUGUAUAAAGACAAGUAUAAAAAGAGAUUAUGUACUGCACAGUGUAUAUAUUGAAUUAUUAGCCAUCAUAGAUGGCAACUGGUUCAAUGAAUAGGAAGAAAAAUGCUUUUGUUCAUAGGGCUGUAUGGUCACAGAUUUAUUUUGCAAAGUCAGGUAUGUAGAUGACCUAACAAUAAAUUUUUUUGGUCACAACAUUAUGGCAGAAAGUUGUCAACUAUCUGAACUGGAAAAUAUAUCACUUUUUUUUUAAGCUUUAGAGCAUUUGCAGUAACCCAAGGACAUGCCUUCCUCCCGGUCUUAUGAAAAGCAACUAGACAAGAGCUGCUCUCCCAGCUUUGAACGCCUGGGUUGGAAAUGGGUUCCUCUGGUCCCUGCUUCAUCCUCCCCUCCCUCCCCUGUCAGAGGCCCAGGGAUACCUGGAGUAGCAGGGUGCAGGCUGGUGGCUCACAACAGCAUCACUUCAACACAGAAGGGUCCUGACCCAAGGCUCAGAACUCCUGCACUUGAGCAGCAACUACUGCAGCUACAAAAGACCAGAGCUGUGAGAACUACAAUAAAUUUUCACCCUUCCCGCCCCACAAAACCUCAUACUUUGAUCUAAAAUCUAGAUGGCUUUUAGGUACUGCAUUGAAGAUUCAUCCCUGAAUAGCUGGCAACUGCGAGGAAGCCCACUGGGAGCUUUGGCACCUUUCUGUAGUGCUCUCUUUGCCUCCUGGCUGCUGCCAGUUUUGCUUCAGACUGAUACCCAAGGGAGUUAGCACUCCAAAAUCUGAAAUUAUUUAUUUACCAUAAAGGAAAAUGUGCUGUUUACAUGCACAUACAUACAUGCAUUUUCUGUUUUGAUUUAUAAAAGGGAAUACAGUUGCUGAGCUCUUGGGGAAACAGAUGCUAUCCACACACAUAGGAUAAGUGAACUUCUGGGCUUUUAAAGCAGCUGCCUUUUUCUUCCUGCUCCCAUAUGCAGCCCCUGAUGAAUCAAAAAUAUGUAUUUAAUCCAGAAAAUUAUUAUUUUAGAAUGUUCCGAAUAGUCUCUAGAGCUAGACAGAUUUUAACAUAUAUUUUUUUAUUAAAUAUGUAAAAAGAUAAACGCAAGUCAAGUUAUUCACAUAUUCAGACAAAAAUCUACUCUAUCAUGCGACAGUUUGUGGAUAACGUAAAAUGACUGAUACAUCUGAAUAAGACUUUUCUUUGUAUCUAUUAUGCCAUUACUUAUCUAUUUAUAAUUAACAAUACAUAUGUUUACAUUCCUUUCAGUUUACAUUUAAUAUAUAACCAAAGCUUUAUGGUGUGCUAUUUAGUAAAGGUAAUUACAAAUGCAUAUUAAAACCAUAACAGAAGAAUGGGUUACUCACAGGGGGUGGGGGGGGGAAGGACAACUUUUUCCCCUUUCAGAACACUGCUCUCCCCUCAGCACAGCCACAAUUCAGGUGCCCCCAAAGAAUUUCACUGCCCUGGCUCCCUACAUCAGUCACUCCCCCCUUGAUACAAGCAGUGAGAGGGCUAUGGUCCUCAGAUCAGAAACAGGAUACAAGGAAUUUUCAGGAAGCGAAGUUCAGCUUUUUAAUUUUUUUUUUUUUCAUAUGUGCUUCAAUAGAGAGAAAAGAAGAGAGGGACAACAGCCUGGCUCUGAACUGUCUGGGGAGCUCAGCAACCCCAACCAUUUGCACCUUCAGAAAAAUGUUUUCCCUUGAAGCGCUCUCCAUGCACCUGCUCAAGUAUUGGCAGAAGGAUGAACUCCAGUAGGCAGAGACGUGCUGAUGAAAUUAGGUUUAUGGCCUGAUCCCAAACUCCUUGCCCCAUUCAGAGAUCCCAUAAAGGUUAAAGGACAUUCAGGAGUCUGGAAAAAAAUUAGUAACUGCUCUUCAACAGUAUUAUGAAGAACUACUGUUUAUUACAAUGACAAUUGUAAUAAGUACAUAUGUUCUAAUAAACACAAAUACAACAAAAAUGACAAUUCCCCCAUUUGUGGUGAUUCUUGGAAAUAAUUAUUUUGGAAAAAACAUGAUUUUAUAAACCAGACCUUACUUGUAACCAAUUGAAACGGGAGAGGAAAACUUCAGCCUGCAGGGUCCAGAAACUCUUCUGCUGUGCAGGGGGAGGAUCAAGAAACUGGUAAUACCUGUUUUGGUGCUCAACAGCAUUUUAUAUAUUGUCGGUGGUGUGACACAACAGCAGGGUUCUCACAUUUAACUAAGAGCCACUUAGCUGCAGAAGAUUGAUUAGGAAUGGAAAACUGCAUGUGCAUGUGUGUGUGCCUGGGGGCUGAUUCACUGGAAAUCUUUCUAUGGAAGCAUAAGCUGGGGACCUAAUGCUUUAGGAACCUAAGAAUGCCUAAAAUAAAAUGCUGUUCAAUAGACUGUGGAGUUUUUCAGUGAAUGCCAUUUGGGAUGGGACUUCCACGUACCUGCUAAAUCAGCACAACAAAACAGAAUUCAGAAAAUGAAGCGAGAGACCAAGAAUACCAGGCAUUAAAUAACCAGAGAGACUACAAAGCACAAUGGUAGGAGAAGAACAAGGAAUGCUUUUUAUACUUCAAGAUGCCUCUGUUUAUAAAAUAUCAUCAUUUAGAACAGGGCCAUGGGACCACACUGGAAGGGAACACUCCCACUGCAGACAUCUCCAGUGCACACAUGGUUCUGCACCACACUGGCCUCGAAGAAGGAAGGUCAGCCAAGCACAGAAACAGCUCUGUGCCCCCAGUCAGAUGUUCCCCUUCUGAUGUGUGCCCUGUCUCCAGGAGGACUCCUCACUGCCUCUCCAUGCUUUGGAAGCAGCCUUAAACCUGUGAAGUGUCGACCAUCCACUUACGGGGAGUUUGAGGUGUGGUUCGAGGCCAAUGCUGUUGCUGUUUUCCCCUGUACUUUGCACUAGUGACAAAAUUUCUGUCUUCUGUAUUGCAUGGCUGGGGCAGUGGAAGGGGGAAGGAAAGUGGAAGGAGAUGGCUGGCCUACUUUCUCCCUUUCUGAGAGGUGGGAAGCCAAGGAUGAUGGCAGAGACUGUGUCCUGCAGCUACACUUGUGUCAAGGAGAUUUCUCUCUUCCCUCAGCACUGAGCUCUGCGGAGGUAGAGCUGCAGCUGGAGGCUGGGACUGGAUUCAUCAGAAAAGAAGAAAAGCUGGGAAAUGUCUACUGACUAGUUAGGAAACUGGGAGGGUUUUCAAAAAGCUUAAGAGGAUGUGUGUUCCUCCAGAAAUCAGCCAAAAAACAUACCAUGCAGCUUUCUAACAAGCCUCCUAACACAGGGACUUAAUCUCCCAGUGAAACAGAUGCUCCACCUUCCAUUUGUGAAGACAGGAAAGGAAUAAAUGUGAGCAACACAAGUGUUUUCCUCCACAACACAGCCUCAUCGUUAUGGCUUGAGUAUGACAUCCACUGUAUCCCUUUAUUUCAACUGUUUGGCCAAACUGAUGCCCCAAGGCAGAUGUACUAGAAAAUGUAAAAGCACCACAAAGUGAGAGACACAGCUAGUGGUACAGAACUCCUUGCCACACAAAAUGCCAAUAUAAAUAUGUUAGAACAAGUUACAAGUGUAUCAUAUUUAAGACGAAAAAGAAAAAAAAAUAAAUAUAUAUAUUUUUAAAGAGCAGAACAAAUCUCAAGCAGCCAAGUGGUGACGUUGCAGUGAUGUACAGUA